AUGGCGGAUUGGGGGCCGGUGGUGAUAGCCGUGGUGCUGUUCGUGCUGCUGUCGCCGGGGCUGCUGUUCCAGAUACCAGGGAAGAGCGGGAGGGUGGUGGAGUUCGGCAACUUCCACACCAGCGGCAUCUCCAUACUCGUCCACGCCAUCAUCUAUUUCGCCCUCAUCACCAUCUUCCUCAUCGCCAUCGGCGUCCACAUCUACACCGGCUAAAGCAACGAUUUUUAACCUAUAUAUGUGUAAUAUGUUGGAUCAGACCAGUGAGUUUAUUUAUGCUUCCAUGUUUAAUCUGACAUCGUCUCAGAAGUUUAUUUCUCAGCUAUUGUGAGAUAUUAUUUGGCUUUGGCGUGUA